UUCAAACAACUUUCUGAAACCAUUUCAAACACUUUUCUGAAACCAUUUCAAACACCUCUCUGAAACCAUUCCAAACACCUUUCUGAAAGUUGUGGUAUCAUUCAAAACAACCUAUAUAACACAUUUAUUCAACAUAAUUCAUAACGAGUUUUCACACAAAAACAUAGAUUUAUUUAUCCAUUGUACACAGAAAUGUGUAUUUCCAGCCACAUCAAAUAAAAUGAAAUGUUAUUGGUCACAUGCACAUGGUUAGCAGAUGUUAAUGCGAGUGUAGCGAAAUGUUUGUGCUUCUAGUUCCGACAGUGCAGUAAUAUCUAACAAAUAAUCUAACAAUUCCCAACAACUACCUAAUACACACAAAUCUAACAACUAAUCUAACAAUCCCCCAACAACUACCUAAUACACACAAAUCUAACAACCAAUCUAACAAUCCCCCAACAACUACCUAAUACACACAAAUCUAAAAGGGUGGAUGAGAAUAUGUACAUAUAAGUAUAUGGAUGAGCGAUGGCCGAGCGGCAUAGGCAAGGGGCAGUAGAUGGUAUAAAAUACAAUAUAUACAUCUGAUAUGAGUAAUGUAAGAUAUGUAAACAUUAUUAAAGUGGCAUUAUUUAAAGUGGCAUUGUUUAAAGUGACAUUGUUUAAAGUGACUAGUGAUCCAUUUAUUAAAAUGUCCAGUGAUUUGGGUCUCAAUGUGGGCAGCAGCCUCUCUGAGUUAGUGACUGCUGUUUAGCAGUCUGAUGGCCUUGAGAUAGAAGCUGUUUCUCAAUCUCUCGGUCCCAGCUUUGCUGCACCUGUACUGACCUCACCUUCUGGAUGUCAGUACAGGUUUCACUUUCAUGAUAACAAAACAAAAUAAGUACUGGUGCUGGCCAAAGCCUUGAGAGGGCAUGCACAUGUGUAAGUUUUGACUCUGAGUCAUGAUUGAAAGGAAGCCUUUCAAAGAGUGAAGAGAGAGUGAAGAGAGAGUGAAGAGAGAGUGAAGAGAGAGUGAAGAGAGAGUGAAGAGAGAGUGAAGAGAGAGUGAAGAGAGAGUGAAGAGAGAGUAAAGAGAGAGUGAAGAGAGAGUGAAGAGAGAGUGAAGAGAGAGUGAAGAGAGAGAGAGAGAGAGAGAGAGAGAGAGAGAGAGAGAGAGAGAGAGAGAGAGAUGAAUAUUUAAGCAUGAUGAAGGAUGGAGUGGUUUUAAAAAGGAGAAGUAAACAGCUGAUGCCUUUCUAUGUGGUGCAGUCGACCCUUGCCAAAAUGACAGAUACAAGCACUCUCGCCAGAAGGUAAAAGCUAUAGAGGGCAAUGUGGGAUUGGCCUUAGCUGGUGUGAUCUUUAUUUCUCUCCAACACUCUUGUGUUGGACAGCGUUAGAAUGACACGCUGUGUCUCGCUGUAAUACUAUCAUGAGUUUAGUUCUGGAGGUAGAACUGAGCGAUUUCCCCUUAGAUAGACCAGCUGCAACCUCAACAUUGGCUAUAUUAUAAAAAAGUAGCGUUUUGGUCUUAAUUUAAGGUUAGGGUUAGGCAUUAGGUAUAGCAGUGUGGUUAAGGUUAGGGUUAGGCAUUAGGUAUAGCAGUGUGGUUAAGGUUAGGGUUAGGCAUUAGGGAUAGCAGUGUGGUUAAGGUUAGGGUUAGGCAUUAGGUAUAGCAGUGUGGUUAAGGUUAGGGUUAGGCAUUAGGUAUAGCAGUGUGGUUAAGGUUAGGGUUAGGCAUUAGGUUAGGGUUAGGCAUUAGGUUAGGGUUAGGCAUUAGGGUUAGCAGUGUGGUUAAGGUUAGGGUUAGGCAUUAGGUUAGGGUUAGGCAUUAGGGUUAGCAGUGUGGUUAAGGUUAGGGUCAGGCAUUAGGUUAGGGUUAGGCAUUAGGGUUAGCAGUGUGGUUAAGGUUAGGGUUAGGCAUUAGGUUAGGGUUAGGCAUUAUGUUAGCAGUGUGGUUAGGGUUAGGCAUUAGGUUAGGGUUAGGCAUUAGGUUAGGGUUAGGCAUUAGGUUAGCAGUGUGGUUAAGGUUAGGGUUAGGCAUUAGGUUAGGGUUAGGCAUUUGGUUAGAGUUAAGGCAUUAGGUUAGAGUUAAGGCAUUAGGUUAGGGUUAGGCAUUAGGUUAGAGUUAGGCAUUAGGUUAGGGUUAGGCAUUAGGUUAGGGUUAGGCAUUAGGUUAGAGUUAGGCAUUAGGUUAGGGUUAAGGCAUUAGGUUAGGGUUAGGCAUUAGGUUAGAGUUAGGCAUUAGGUUAGGGUUAAGGCAUUAGGUUAGGGUUAGGCAUUAGGUUAGGGUUAGGCAUUAGGUUAGGGUUAAGGCAUUAAGUUAGGGUUAGGCAUUAGGUUAGGGUUAGGCAUUAGGUUAGGGUUAGGCAUUAGGUUAGGGUUAAGGCAUUAGGUUAGGGUUAGGCAUUAGGUUAGGGUUAGGCAUUAGGUUAGGUCCAUCUCCAUCUCUCUCCAUCUCUCUCCAUCUCUCUCCAGAGCCUAAUGGCUACCGAAGCAUGGUGGGUCAGACAGUGAACAGUACCCAGCUAGCCAAGGACUACACCCUGCUGAGGACACUACUGCAGUCUGUACGCUACUACAGCCAAGCACACCUCUACGGCCCUAACGCUGGGCCACCACGCAAGAACGCCAUUCUGCUGCUCGACGGGUUCAUGAAGAAAGCUGGUUCUGUUGUGGACGCUGUAACAUGGCAACAUUACUACAUGGAUAGCAGAGUGACCAAAGUAGAGGACUUUCUGAAGACUCGCCUGCUGGACACCCUGACCGAACAGAUCACUAAAGUACUCAAGGUAGUGAAUAGCCAUGCUCCUGGUAAGAAGGUGUGGUUGGGUGGAGUGGGUCCGGCGUGGGCUGGAGGAACCAACAACCUCUCUGAUACCUACGCUGCUGGCUUUCUGUGGCUGAACACUCUGGGUAUGGCAGCGAUGCAGGGGAUUGACGUGGUCCUGAGACACUCGUUCUUCGACUAUGGAUACACACACCUCGUAGACCAGCACUUCAACCCACUGCCGGACUAUUGGUUCUCACUGGUGUUCAAGCGUCUGGUGGGCCCCAGGGUGUUGGCGGUGCGGGUAGCAGGCUUACAGAGGAAACCACGGCCAGGGAGGGUCAUCCGAGACAAACUACGCAUUUACGCCCAUUGUACUAGCUUCCACAAUCAUAACUACGUGAGAGGGUCCAUAACGAUCUAUAUCAUCAACCUGCAUCGGUCGAGGAAGAAAAUCAAGCUGGCGGGAACCUUACGUAACAAGACUGUCCAUCAGUACCUGCUGCAGCCCUACGGGACAGACGGACUACACGCCAGGUCAGUCCAGUUGAACGGAGAAAAGUUGUUGAUGGUGGACAACGAGACGUUCCCGGAAUUGAAGCCUCAGACGCUGCGGGCCGGGAAGACGAUAGCCAUGCCCCCGAUGACCAUCGGCUUCUACGUCAUCAGGAACAUCAACGCUUAUGCCUGCCGCAGAUAAUCCUCAGCAUACUCCUCCUCACUCUUUACCCCUCACCCUUUACCCUUCACCCCAUACUCCUCCUCACCCUUUACCCCUCACCCUUUACCCCUCACCCUUCACCCCAUACUCCUCCUCACCCUUUACCCUUUACCCCUCACCCUUUACCCCUCACCCUUUACCCCUCACCCUUUACCCCUCACCUUUUACCCCUCCCUUUACCCCUCACCCUUUACCCCUCACCCUUUACCCCUCACCCUGUACCCCUCACCCUUCACCCCAUACUCCUCCUCACCCUUUACCCUUUACCCCUCACCCUUUACCCCUCACCCUUCACCCCAUACUCCUCCUCACCCUUUACCCCUCACCCCAUACUCCUCCUCACCCUGUACCCUGUACCCCUCACCCCAUACCCCUCCUCACCCUUUACCCCUCACCCAUACUCCUCCUCACCCUUUACCCCUCACCCCACCCUUCCCACCUCACCCUGACC